GUGUUGGGAAACAGCGACGGGAAAACAAGCCCAAGUUUCUGCUCUGCACACUCGCACCGACCGUGUGCGGGAGUCAGCGGGAAACUCGGGAGGACCUUAAAGUAAAAAGAGAACGGAAAGAGAAAGCCCAAUCAAAAAGCAGCUUUCUAGGGAAACAUCGAAGAGGGAAACGGCAACAGUUUUCUGCGGGCUCUCCCUCCCCGAGAACUGUCAGUCACUUUGCAGUAAGCAGAGCCCAGGAUUUAUUUCUCGGCCGUGACUUCCAACCUGUGAAUAAAUAGCACUUUAGAGAGAGAAUGGGACCCGAAAAGACUCUCAAGCACUGAUCAGAGGGGUGAGUUCUAUUGAAUGGCUUCUUCUCUUUCCGAUCCGCUGGAGCUUUCUAACCUCCUGCUUUCAGGCACGGCAGCCCAAUGACUUGUCUUUUCACUGCAGCUUGUUGCAUCCCUCACCAGGCUUCCCCGAGCGCAGGUCUGUGUCCGUAGCCUUUUCCCUCGCCGCUCCAGGUCGGUCUGGUGGCAUUUGCAGCAGAGCUGAUUCGCUGCCUAUUUGCUUUCAUGAGAAAUUAAAUCCACGAGGCUUUGAAACCGAACGGCAGCCUAAAAAUCAGCUAGAAUUCAGUACCAUUAAAAUGGCAGGUGACUUUAGGUUUCCAGAUGCGGACACUGACGUAACAGAGAAAAACGAAGAAACUGAGAUCGUAGUCAAUGUCGGCGGGGUGAGGCAGGUGUUCUACAGCGAUAACCUGAACCAGUACCCAGAAACACGGCUGGCAGAGCUGCUCAACUGCCUGUCGGGGGGAUACGACAGCAUAUUCUCCCUCUGCGAUGACUACGAUCCUGGAAAGAGAGAGUUUUACUUUGACAGAGAUCCAGAUGCUUUCAAAUGCAUUAUUGAUGUGUACUACUUUGGGGAAAUUCACAUGAAGAAAGGAAUAUGCCCCAUCUGUUUCAAGAAUGAGAUGGAAUUUUGGAAAGUGGAUCUUAAAUUUUUGGAUGACUGCUGCAAAACUCAUCUGAGUGAGAAAAAGGAGGAACUGGAGGAAAUAGCCCGAAGGGUGCAACUGAUCCUAGAUGACUUGGGAGUGGAUGCCUCCGAAAGCCGCUGGAAAAGGUGUCAAAAGUACAUCUGGAAAUUCUUGGAGAAGCCAGAAUCAUCCUACCCAGCUCGAGUGAUCGCCGUUCUGUCUUUCCUGUUUAUUUUGAUCUCCUCGGUUGUGAUGUGCGUGGGGACCAUCCCAGACAUGCAGGUCUUAGAUGCGGAGGGGAACCGUGUGGAGCACCCAACCCUGGACAGCAUUGAGACAGCCUGCAUAGGCUGGUUCACCAUGGAGUACGUGCUGAGGCUAAUCUCCUCUCCAAAUAAACUCCACUUCGCUCUGUCAUUCAUGAACAUUGUUGACGUAUUAGCUAUACUUCCUUUCUAUGUCAGCCUCACCUUGACCCACCUGGGAGCCAAGCUGAUGGAGCUGAGCAAUGUCCAGCAGGCGGUCCAGGCACUGCGCAUCAUGAGGAUCGCGAGGAUUUUCAAGCUCGCACGGCACUCCUCGGGGCUCCAGACCCUGACCUAUGCUCUGAAACGCAGCUUUAAGGAGCUGGGGCUGCUCCUCAUGUACUUAGCUGUUGGGAUCUUUGUCUUUUCUGCCCUGGGUUAUACCAUGGAGCAAAGUCACCCCGAUACCUUAUUUAAAAGCAUCCCUCAGUCAUUCUGGUGGGCAAUCAUCACCAUGACCACGGUUGGGUAUGGAGACAUAUACCCCAAAACAACUCUAGGAAAACUGAAUGCUGCCAUCAGUUUUCUUUGCGGAGUGAUAGCGAUUGCCCUUCCCAUCCACCCCAUCAUUAACAACUUUGUCAGGUACUAUAACAAACAGAGGGUUUUAGAAACGGCUGCCAAGCAUGAAUUGGAGCUGAUGGAGCUAAACUCAGCUGAGGGGAAAGCUGCAAGCUCCAGGAGUGAACUCGGGGACCUUGCAAGUGAGGGCAAGGAGGGCCCUUUCUAUAGCAGCCGGCUAAAAGUCUCCCACAGUGACACCUUUAUUCAUCUCCUGUCAGAAGAAAAGCACUAUAGGACCAGGCUUCAGAGCUGCAAAUAAACUGUGAGCUGUAGUCGCCGCUAAGCCUGUAGAUGGGGACAACCUGACAAACAGCUUUGGAAAGGACACGAGGGAUCUGUCGGUGCUGGGAGGGAGCACUGCUUUGCUUUUCCAACGUGAACAUAAACUAACCCGUGGUACCUCCAUCAGCAGUUGGUAAGACUUUGCUGUUAUUAUCCAAAGUAAAACCAUAGGACUCCAUUGAGAUCAGACUGCUUAUAAUGAUUGCAUUCUGACCACAACCAUUUGUAACCAUUUUAAAGACUGAAAAUUUCUUCCUGACCCGUAAAUGUUUGAUGAUCUGAGUGUGCAGCAUUGCCAAAUCAGAGCUCUGUACCUGUAACAAUAAAGAGCAACAUCACACCGA